AUGCCUCCCACUACCCGCAAGAAAGCUCAGGCUACCAACAAAAACUCUCAAGCCUUGAACCUCGUGACUGCUGAGGAUGAUCUGGCCAUCGGAGACGUCGUGGAUCCCAAGCACAAGGACGACAACCUGUUCGAACGCGUCUUUGAUCCUCACGGAGGCGUUACUUCCGAUGACCAUGACUCCGACCAUUCUGAUUAUGGGGCUGACAAAAAGAAACGCAAGAGAAAGACUGGGAGCGAUCGGAAAGGCAAGGCCAAACGACGCUUCACACGUCGCCAGCCUCCUCCACCUGCCCUCCCGGAUGUCUCAGAUGACGAAUAUGCCUUUGGUGGCAAUGUGACCGAGGAGGAAGAGGAUGGCGGCCUCUGGUCCGUCGGACGUCACGCCGGUGCAAAGAAGGCUCACGAGGAGAAGGCUCAAGACGGAAAGGCUCAUGAGGGAAAGAACGAGCUCCCGCAGGUUCUGAGAGUUGAGGCUAGUAGUGAGGGUGGCGGCAAGACGGUCAUCAACCUCAACCUCGCGGAUCUCCUGACGAAAGUGGGUUUUCCCUCUUGGACUUUGCCUGCCACACCACGAGCCGAAGCUGCUGAGAUCAACCCUGAGUUUUCCGGCGACACCACCAUGGUUCAGAACAAGAUUGGCUUCCUUGACCUACCACUCGAGCUUCGCUUGAAGACGUACCGAUACCUCUUCCGUGAGGACAAAGCCAUCGAAUUCGAUCGCCGCGAAUUCUCACGCUCUUCUCACUUUCUCCGGACUUGCAAAACUGUUCUCGAAGAGGGCCGAGAGGUACUCUAUGGUGAGAAUUCAUUUCACUUCAACCGAGAAACCGCCAUUCGUGGUAGAUACUAUGAGAAGGUCUGGAAAGAGGUCGGUUACAAAGACAUCAGACGAUUCCUUGAGGCCAUCGGUCCCGCCAGCAUCGCCCACUUCAAGUAUCUCUCCUUUGUGCUCACCGAUGGCGCAGACAAUCGCACGAGAACUUCAACCCAGAUUCCGGAGCGAAAGUUCGUUAACGACCCACACUUGCACCAGAUCUUCCAUCUUAUUGGAGCCAACGCCACGUUGAAUACGCUCGCAGUCCAGUUUGCUGGCCGUGCCUGGGUUACCCACAACGACUUCCACUUCUUGAAAGCUCUUACUGGGAUCAAGUGUCACCAUUUCGUCACCAUCUACCGCUACAGAGGGCUCACUAACAAGUGCCUCGGCACUCUCAAGGACAAGAUGAAGGCAGUUAUGCGUCUGAAAGAUCCGAAUGAUGACGGAUCCUUCACCUGGGCGGACGUUCGGGAUAUGGUGCAGAUGGUCUAUGAGGGCUAUACCCCAUUUCAUCCCGGUAUGCUGCAUUGGGCGUACGAGUGGUGA